AUAAAUAUAAUAACAUCCUCAAUCCUCAUAAUUUUAAUCUUACUCACAACACCAAUCAUUAUUUCUAUGACUAACCUACCCAAAUUUAUUGACUUUCCACUCUAUGCUACCUCAUCCAUUAAAUUCUCAUUUUUCCUCAGCCUCUUACCCUUACUACUAUUUUUUUACUACAAUACAGAAUAUAUAAUCACUAACUGACAUUGACUAACCAUCAACUCUAUUAAACUUACUAUAAGCUUCAAGAUUGAUUAUUUCUCAAUCUUAUUUUUAUCCGUGGCCCUAUUCGUAACAUGAUCAAUUAUGCAGUUCUCUUCAUGAUACAUACAUUCUGACCCCUACAUCAACCGAUUUAUUAAAUACUUAAUAAUAUUCCUAAUUACUAUACUAAUUCUAACCUCAGCUAACAACCUAUUUCAACUCUUCAUUGGAUGAGAAGGCGUAGGAAUCAUAUCCUUCCUACUAAUCGGGUGAUGAUACGGCCGUGCAGACGCCAACACAGCAGCCCUUCAAGCAAUCUUGUACAACCGAGUCGGAGAUGUCGGUUUUAUCCUAGCCAUAACUUGAUUCUGCCUAAAUACAAACUCUUGGGAACUUCAACAAAUUUUCUUAACUAACACCAACAACCUAGUACCUCUCACAGGACUCCUAAUUGCAGCCACAGGAAAAUCUGCUCAAUUUGGACUCCAUCCAUGACUCCCAUCCGCCAUAGAAGGCCCAACUCCUGUAUCCGCCCUAUUACACUCAAGCACUAUAGUUGUCGCAGGAAUCUUCCUAAUAAUCCGAUUUCACCCACUAACUUCAAACAAUAGCACCAUUAUAACAGCCAUACUAUGCCUCGGAGCCAUUACCACACUAUUUACAGCAAUUUGCGCACUUACACAAAACGACAUCAAAAAAAUUGUAGCCUUUUCCACAUCUAGCCAAUUAGGACUUAUAAUAGUCACCCUAGGAAUUAACCAGCCUUACCUAGCUUUUCUUCAUAUCUGCACCCAUGCAUUCUUCAAAGCAAUACUAUUCAUAUGCUCAGGAUCAAUCAUUCACAGCCUUAACGACGAACAAGACAUUCGAAAAAUAGGUAACAUAAUAAAAGUAAUACCAUUUACAUCAUCCUGCCUUAUUAUCGGAAGCCUAGCCCUUACUGGAAUACCAUUUCUCACAGGAUUUUACUCAAAAGACCUCAUCAUCGAAACCAUCAACACGUGCAACACCAACGCCUGAGCCCUAAUAAUCACCUUAAUCGCCACAUCCAUAACUGCCGUUUACAGCAUACGAAUCAUCUACUUCGUUACCAUGACAAAACCACGUUAUUCCCCACUAAUUACCAUUAACGAAAAUAACCCAAAUCUCAUUAAUCCAAUCAAACGUCUAGCAUUAGGAAGUAUUAUAGCAGGCUUUCUUAUCUCACUCAAUAUUCCUCCAACUAAUAUUCAAAUUCUCACCAUACCCUGAUACCUAAAACUAACAGCUCUACUCAUCACAAUCUUAGGCUUCGCUAUCGCCCUAGAACUCAACAAUCUAACCCUAAACCUAUCAAUAAACAAAACCACCAAACUAUCAUCAUUCUCAACUUCACUAGGCUAUUUCCCAUCAAUUAUGCACCGAAUAAUCCCCCAAAAAACACUAAAUUCUAGCUAUAAAGUAUCCCUAAACCUCCUAGACCUGACCUGACUAGAAAAGACAAUCCCAAAGUCAACCUCUAUCACCCAAACCCAUCUAUCCAAAAUGAUAACCAAUCAAAAAGGACUAGUUAAACUAUAUUUCCUGUCUUUCCUCAUUACAAUCUCACUAAUUUUUAUUUUACAUAUACUUAAUCCCGAGUGAUUUCAAUAA